GUGGUGAGUGUGGCUCAAUACGAGGCGUGCGCGCGCGCUCCGGUACUACAGGAGGAUGAGCGCGGACAGCGGCUGCACGGCCAAACCGGGCGUGGAGACAGCUGAGCGGGGCUGAUCAAUAUGCCGGGGAAGAUUUACCCUAUCGAUACCCAAAGCUGCAUUUAAGGACUGCAAAGAUGACUGAGGGGAAACUGUGCCAGGUGCAGCUGCUGGACGACAGGAAGCUGGAGCUGCUGGUUCAGCCUAAGCUACUGUCGUAUGAACUCCUCGACUUGGUGUCCUCCCACUUCAACCUCAAAGAGAAGGAAUUCUUCGGACUCGCAUUUUUUGAUGACAAUGGUCAGUGUAAGUGGUUGCAGAUGGAUCGCAGAGUCCUUGAACAUGACUUCUCAAAGAAGGCCGGGGUCAUUGCCCUCAACUUUCUGGUCAGGUUUUAUGUAGAAAACAUAACGCAGCUGAAGGACAUCAUAACAGUGGAGCUGUUCUACCUGAAUGCGAAAUCUGCUGUCUACAGUGGGAUUAUCGAGGUGGAAAGCGAGAACGUCUUCAAAUUAGCUGCGAAUGCUUUGCAGGAAGCUAAAGGAGACUACACGAGUGAUGAAAACACUCGAGCUGAUUUGAAGAAACUACCAACUCUUCCCACCAAAGUCCUGAAGGAGCAUCCAUCUCUUGCAUACUGUGAGGAUCGAGUUAUCGAAUAUUACAAGCAGAUGAAAGGCGUAUCCCGAGGACAGGCCAUUGUGCAGUAUUUGACGCUGGUGGAGUCACUGCCGACGUACGGCGUGCAUUAUUUUGAAGUUAAGGAUAAACAAGGGAUACCGUGGUGGCUCGGCAUCAGCUAUAAGGGCAUCGGCCAGUACGACCUGCAGGAUAAAUUAAAACCUCGGAAGCUUUACCAGUGGAAGCAACUAGAAAACUUGUACUUCAGAGAGAAGAAAUUUGCUGUCGAAGUUAACGAUCCUCACCGGAGAGCAGUAACCAAACGCACAUUUGGGCAGACAGGCCUUCUCAUCCACACGUGGUAUGCCAGCCACUCUUUGAUCAAGACGAUCUGGGUCAUGGCCAUCAGCCAGCAUCAGUUCUACUUGGACCGAAAGCAAAGCAAAGCUAAAAUAGGAACAGCGAAAAGCGUGGAGGAAAUAGCCAUGGAUCUGACGGAGCAUGGAGGAGCGAAGAUGAACAGACUGGGAGACGUAGUCCUGAAGAACAACCUGAUAACAGCCAGCAAUGGGAGCCUGGUGUCGACAGGUUCUGCAGACUCUGAAAUGAGCGAAGAGCAGAAGAAGGAAAAACUGUCUGAGCUGAGAAAAAAAGAGCAGGAGAUUCAAGAUAUUUUGGCAAAGAAAACAAAGGAGCUGAAGAAGAUUUGCCUGAGAGAGGCGGAGCUCACUGGCAAGCUGCCAAAGGAGUAUCCCCUCUCAUCGGGUGAGCGACCGCCGCAGGUCAGACGCAGAGUUGGCACCGCGUUCAAGUUGGACGACCUUUUCCCCUACAACGAGGAUCCCUUCCUGAGAAACCUGGAGAGCAGAUUUGCCCUUCAGCAAAAGAUUGUGGAGGCGGCUAAAAAGCUGGCGAACGAGCCAGAGCUGUGCAAGACAGUGAAGAAGAAGAGGAGAAGGAACUGUCUGGACGCCAUGCACAGACUCCAGCAGAUCGAGGACGAGAUGAACCAGUACAGGAUCAAGAAGGGGAAAAAGCCCACGCAGCGGGCCUCGGUGAUCAUCGCAGAUGAACUCAUUCGUUCAGACUGCAGCUCUCUGUCUAGUCUCCCUCUGGACGACGAUGACUCAGACAGUGCCAGCCAGAGGCCGCGGUCGCGCUCGGUUCAGGGCUCGCCUCAGCUCAGUCCUCUGCGGUCGCUGGGAGCAGAAUAUGAUGGAGCGCCUUCACGAGAAAAUCACCACAACAAGAACCACAGCAGAUUAGCUUUUGAUGGCCAGGAGGCUUCCCAUUACUACCAGAACCCAAGAGAGGUCUCCUCCACCCACAGUAGUCCCUAUAAAACCCUUCCCAGACCUCCCAGAGAUCCACGCAGCAUGCCUCCCACCCCGGCUAUGACCCGCAAUGCCUACAGCAGCAGCCAGCUCAGGUCGGAGGGGUCUCCUCACUGCUUCCGGCACCGCAGUGGAAGCCUGGAGUCUCAGCCCCGGCUCAGAAAGGAGACCGACUCGGAGAAGCCGGUCUUCAUCUUGUCGCCGGCUCAUCGCAGCAACAGCACAGAGGUGUUGGAGGACUGCUCGUCCUACACCAGCCAGUCCAGCCUGGACUACUGCGGCGCGGCCAACUCCCACUACAGCACGCUGGACUCCCGUACCUCGACCAUGCACCGCCUCCACCGGAAGGUGGAGGUGUACGGUAACACCGGGAGCAUGCCCAACCUGGUCCAGCACCACUCCGGCUGUAGCUAUUCGUGCGAGAGCUCUUCACACUAUGCACCCAGUGCCUACUACGUCGCUGGCUACCCCUGCCCGGACAUGGAGCCUUACAACAACGGUGCCUACGUGUACGAGAACGAGGUGGAGGGCCACUACAACGUCAACCCGUCCUACCAGCUGAACGGCUACCACGGACACGACAGGUUCAGGCACUACAGCAGCGACGGGGCGGACAGUCUCUCUCAGAAUCCGUACGCCACGGUGCGGCCGCCGCGGAGUCGAGAGGGGCCCAGAAAUGAGCUGCUGGCCAAGAACAUGCAGAAGGCGCUGGUGGCGGAGCACCUGAGGGGCUGGUACCACCGCAGCAGGGGCCACAGGGAGGGGGGGAGGGGCCUGCUGGCCGGAUACGACUUCGACAGCGGCUCCCAGAUCAGCCUGGGGUACCAGACCAUGCCGGCAGGCUUCAGCCACUCCAGUCGGACCACCUCCUUCUCAUCAGUGUCUUCGGCUGAGAGCGCCGGUAACUGGCGCAACCAGCUGGCGGUCGGCCUGGCGGAGUUCGACUCGGCCGACGCGUCCCUGUGUCCUCACCCCGGAGCGCCGACGUCUCUGUACAACCGCAGCCCCACACACCACAGAUUCUCUCCAGAAAACAAAGAGUCUGACACAAAGCCUAAAAAGUCUGAGUCAGUAGACGCGGUCGGUGCUGAGGCCACUAGUUCAGAUGAGCCGACAGACAACCAUGCUAGCACUUAAGGAUUUCUUCACGACAGAAGCUACAUGAGCAUCCACUGAAGAGGACCAAACCAAACAUGGGCACAAGCGAAGCCAUGGCCAGCAGCACAUGAAGGGAACGAGGCUGUACAUAGAGGUUUUCUCCACCCAGUCGUCUGCGAAGUUCUGUCCUGUGGGGUUUCUGCAGAGGGGCGGUGCGCCGCCCUGGUGGUAAAGUACUCUCCCAACACGGUGAUGACACUCCUGAAUGACUUUCCCAUGUGCCUUGGAUUGGAUGAAUUGUACAGGCAGAUGAGAAUGUGUCAUGAAAACUUUGAGAUGUUGCACAACCACUCUGGAUUCAACUCUUACUGUCGAUUGAAGAUCACAAAAAAAAAAAAAAGAGAAGAGAAGAGAAAAGCAACGAGUUUUUACUGAAUCCAACUCAAUGUAUUUUAACAGGAA